GCUUCCAUUACGGUGCUUUCGCCUUUCCUCUGUUCACGCGAGGUGUAACAGAGCUCCCAUUUUGCACGAAAGCUUCAAGAGGUAUGAACUAACCGGCUUUCGAUCGUUAUGUACAGAUUCAGUGAAAAUGGAUUCAAGAGCAAACCAAACUAUGGAAAACCAAAGUACCGUUUUAUACCAAAACGUCGUCGUAAUGAGGCACGGCGAGCGCCUCGAUAACUUUGAGCCCACCUGGGCCUCCACGGCGGCGAGGCCCUGGGAUCCGCCACUGGCCCAAGAGGGUCGGGUUCGGGCUUUCGAAACGGGUACGAGGCUCCGACAAAGUCUCGGGUUCCCCAUCCACCGCAUCUUUGUUUCACCUUUCCUCCGCUGCCUCCAGACCGCCGCUGAAGUCAUCGCCGCCCUCUCCUCCGUCGACGAUGGUUCCCGCGACGGUGUUAGCAACGAACCUUCGAAAGUCAAGGUUUCCGUUGAGUAUGGAUUAUGUGAAAUGAUGAAUGGGGUAGCUAUCCGUCUCAAUGUUGCACCUAAAGAUGGAAAUUGGGGUUUUGAUAUAGCAGAGUGUGAAGCCAUGCUCCCACCUGAGACACUGGAUAAAAACGUAGAAAGGGUCUAUAAAGAGUUGCCCAAAUGGGAAGAGCUACUUUUGCAAACAAGGGCUAGAUUUCAGCAAGUUAUUAAGGACCUUGCAGAUAAAUAUCCUACCGAGAACUUGCUUCUUGUUACACAUGGGGAAGGAGUUGGAGUGGCUCUUACUUCAUUCAGAAAUGAUGCUGCGGUAAAUGAAGUCCAUUACUGUGGAUAUGUACAGCUUAAACGUCCUAUUUUCGACAAAAAUCAUUCAUUUAGUGAUGCAGAGUUCCAAUUACUUACUCGUAGUGGUGAAACUGGCGUCACCUAUUUCCUUCCAAGUCAUUUGAAAAAUCACACCGACCAAACUUCACCAUGAUCA